GGAAAUCGUAGGUUACCUUUUGGCUCCUUGGCGCAGGCUUUGGCUGGAGCUCUUGCGCCAUGAGGAACUUCAAAGGAGUCAACUUUGUGUCUCUGCUAAGAAGUCAGAAGGAAGCCCAAGAGCUUCUGCCUGACUUGAAGGAGUUUCUCUGCAAGCCUCCAGCUGGUUGUCCCAGCAGCCGAUCUGACGCUGAGAGGAGACAAGCUUGUGAUGCCAUCCUGAGAGCUUGCAACCAGCAGUUGACUGCCAAGCUAGCUUGCCCUGGGCAUCUGAAGAGCCUGCUGGAGCUGGCGGACAUGGCCUGUGAUGGCUACUUGUUAUUCACCCCACAGCGCCCGCCCCUCUACCUGGAACGCAUUCUCUUCAUCUUACUUCGGAAUGCUGUAGCUCAGGGAAGUCCAGACGCCGUGUUCAACCUUGCUCACUCCCUCCAUGCGUGCUUGGUGCAGUGCUCUUGCCAAGCUGCCUCCCAGGACUAUGAGGCUGUGACUCGGGGCAGCUUUUCUCUGCUCUGGAAGGGAGCAGAAGCACUGUCAGAGCGUCGAGCUGCAUUCUCAGCUCGGCUGAAGGCCUUGAGCUUCCUAGUACUCUUGGAGGAUGGAAGUAUCCCUUGUGACGUUCCUCACUUUGCUUCUCCAACAGCCUGUCGAGUGGUGGCUGCCUAUCAGCUGUUUGAUGCUACUGGGCAUGGUCUAGAUGAAGCAGACGCUGAUUUCCUGUACGACUUGCUCUCUCGGCAUGUGAUCAGAGUCUUAGUGGCUGAGGGAGGUAGCUCUCCCGGUCCUCUUUCUCCCCAGAGGGCCAUCUGUCUCUUGGAGCUCACCUUGGAACACUGCCGUCGCCUCUGCUGGAGCCACCACCAUGACAAGGCCAUUAAUGCAGUGGAGAAGGCAUAUGAUUAUCUAAAGAACACCAAUCUAGCCCCCAGCCUCCAGCUAUGCCAUUUGGGAAUUGAACUGCUACAGACUAGGGAAGAAGGACCCCUGGCAGUGGCCCAGCUUCUGAUUAAGGCAUCAACUCUGCUGAACAACAGCAUGGAGGCGCCAUCACCUCCACUUCGGGCUUUGUAUGACAGCUGCCAGUUCUUCCUUUCAGGCCUGGAACGAGGAAUCAAGAGGCAUAACAGAUCCGAUGUUGUUCUGGGUCUCUUUGCUUUUCUUGGAGGGUACUGUCCCCUUGUCCGGCAGCUGCGGGAUGAUUGUGUCGAUGGGGUCUCCUCUAAGCAGCAGCAGUCUUUGCUUCAGAUGCACUUUCAUGGUCUUCAUCUCUACACUGGGAUGGUUUACGACUUUGCUCAGAGCUGUCAGGUAGCUGAACUGGCCCAGCUGGUGGAGAGUUGCAGAUCUGCUGCUGUCUGGAUGCUGGAGUCAUUAGAGGGGCUGUCAGGCCAAGAGCUCGCUGACUGUCUGAAGCUGACUGCCACUUACACCAGUAACUUGGCCUACAGCUUCUUUAGUCACAAGCUCUAUGAAGAAGUCUGUGUCAUCUUGGAGCCAGUCUGUCAUAAACUGGGCUUAGCUAAGCCAGGCACUUACCCUGAAGUACUACCUGAGAAGCUACAUAGGUGCUUCCGGCUGCAUGUAGAGAGUUUGAAGAAACUGGGUAAACAGACCCAGGGCUGCAAGAUGGUGAUCUUGUGGUUGACAGCCCUCCAACCCUGCAGCCCUGAACACAUGACGGAGCCAGUCAACUUCUGGGUUCGGGUCAAAAUAGAUGCGGCCAGAGCUGGGGACAAAGAACUACAUCUGAAGACUCUGCGAGACUGCCUGAGCAGCUGGGACCCAGAGACACAGGCCCUGCUGCUGCAAGAGGAGCUGCAGGCCUACAAGGCAGUGAAAGCUGACACUGGGCAAGAACGCUUCAACGUUAUCUGUGACCUGCUGGAGCUGGACUCUGAGGAGACGCCUGCCGGGGCCUGGGCACGAGCUACCCACCUGGUGGAACUGGCUCAGGUGCUGUGCUACCAUGAUUUCUCCCAGCACACUGAAUGCUCUGCUCUAGAUGCUAUCCAGGAAGCCCUGCAGCUUCUGGAGUCUGUGAAGCCUGAGGCCCCGGUUAAGGAUUGCCUUCUGGACGAUAAAGCCCAGGCCUUAUUGUGGCUGUACAUCUGUACCUUGGAGGCCAAAAUGCGGGAAGGUAUUGAGCGGGAUCAGAGAGCCCAGGCCCCUAAUAAUCUGGAGGAAUUUGAAGUCAAUGACCUGAACUAUGAAGAUAAACUUCAGGAAGAUCGUUUCCUGUAUAGUAGCAUUGCCUUCAACCUGGCUGCAGAUGCAGCUCAAUCUAAAUGCCUGGACCAAGCCCUGGCUCUGUGGAAGGAGGUACUUAAAAAGGGGCUGGCUCCAGCUGUGCGGUGUCUCCAGCAGACAGCAGCCUCCCUGCAGAUCUUGGUGGCUCUCUAUCAGCUGAUAGCAAAGCCCCUGAAGGCUCUGGAGGCCCUGCUGCUCCUACGGAUCGUGUCUGAGAGACUAGAGGACCAUGCAAAGGCGGCCAGUUCUUCCUGCCAGCUUACCCAGCAACUCCUGAGCCUCGGUUGCCCCAGCUACGCCCAGUUAUACCUGGGAGAGGCAGAAUCAAGCCUGAAGAAUAUCAAUCAGACUGCUGACACAUACCUCCUCCUUUCCCUGACCUGUAAGCUACUUCGAAGCCAAUUCUACUGGACUCACCAGAAGGUGACGGAAGGUGUUUCUCUACUGCUGUCUGUCCUUCAAGAUCCUGCCCUCCAGAAGUCAUCCAAGGCUUGGUACUUGAUGCGUGUCCAGGCCCUGCAACUACUAGCUGUCUACCUUAGCCUAUCUCCAAACAUCCUUUCAGACACCCUGCGUGAGCAGCUCUGGGCUCAAGGCUGGCAGACGCCUGAGACAGCACUCCUUGAAGCCCACAAGCUCCUCCGCAGCAUCAUCCUCCUGCUGAUGGGCCGCGAUGUGCUCUCAAUUCAGAAAGGAACUGUGGAGUCACAGUUUCUGGACUAUGGUGAAAAUCUGGUGCAAAAAUGGCAGGUUCUUACAGAGGUGCUGAGCUGCUCUGAGAAGCUGAUCUGCCGCCUGGGCCACCUGGGGAGUGUGAGCGAAGCCAAAGCCUUCUGCUUAGAGGCCCUGAAACUCACAACAAAGCUACAGAUUCCUCGCCAGUGUGCCCUGUUCCUGGUGCUAAAGGGUGAGCUAGAGCUGGCCCGCGGUGACAUCGACCUCUGUCAGUCAGAUCUGCAGCAGGUUUUGUUUCUGCUGGAGUCCUGCACAGAAUUUGGUGGGGUGACUCAGAACCCAGGCUCUGUGAAGAAGGUCCACAUGCAGAAGGGGAAGCCACAGACCCCUGUUGCCUGGGCGCCACCGCUCCCAGAGGAAGAGCCCUUCCUAAAAGGCCCUGCUCUGGAGCUUGUGGCAACUGUGCCCAAAGAGCCGGGCACACCUUCUACAAACUCCUCUCCAGUCCUGAAAACCAAGCCCCCACCCAACCCUGGCUUCCUGUCCCAUUCACCCACCUGUGACUGCCCACUCUGUGCCAGCCCUGGCCUCUCAGCAGUCUGUCUGCGUUGGAUGUUGGUCACAGCAGGGCUGAGGCUGGCCACGGGCCACAAGGCCCAAGGUCUAGAUCUGCUGCAAGCGGUGUUGAAGGGCUGUCCUGCAGCCACCAAGCGCUUCACCCGGAAGCUCCAAGCUUCCCUGGAGCACAGAGCACCCCCCUCCUCGGUCUCCAGCCUCUUGGAUGAGAUCACGGCUCAGGUGUACACACAGCUGGCACUGGAGGGCCUGAGCCAACCAUCAGACAAGAGCCUGGGGAAGGUCCUGGCAUUAGGGCUGAAGUUCGUGGCAUCACGGAUACACAGUCUGGAGCCCUGGCGAGCCAGCCUGCUUUGGAUCCAGGCUCUUACAAAGCUAGCUAGCUUCAGCUGCUGCCCUAGCCGACUUUUUGCAAGUACCUGGGGCUGGCAGCCACCAUUAAUAAAAAGCCCCCCAGUUUCAGAACCCUCGAAGACCCGGAGCCAAAAACGUCCUGGACGAGGGCGCCAGCAGGCAGCCUCUGCUCCCCCUCCCUUCCACAGUACCUCACAGAAAGAUCCAGAAGGUGGAGAGCCACCCUGUACACCAAAGCCCCGAGGUCGGGCUUGGCCAGCUGGCCCUCGUGUUCCCUUCACCGUAUUUGAAGAAGCCAUUACCAAGAGCAAGCCUGAGGUGCCUGUGACACCCAGGGUGCAGAGGAGGGUUCAGACACGGCUCAAGGUGAACUUCAGCGAUGACAGUGACUUGGAAGACCCUGUCUCAGCUGAAGUACAGCUUGUAGAAGAAACCAAGAGAGAGGGGACUGCUUCCCGGGGCCCAGGUCGGGGCCGAACUAGGAAGGGCUCUAGCUUGAAGGUGGAUGCGGUGGUUGCCCCAGGUAGUACCCCUGGGCACCCCAACCUGAGCGGUAGGAGUCGUCAAGCCAAGAAAGUGGCACCAAGACAUCGUGAAGAACAGAGUCCUCAGGCAGCCAUUUGUGGCAAGGCCGGGCCAGGACCUGAGAUCAUGAGGACCAUCCCUGAGGAGGAACCGACUGGCAACCAGAUGGAGAUGAGCUUUGAGACUCUCAGGGGCUCUGAUGGGGAAGACUCAUCCGCAGGUGAGAAAGCACCAGUUCCAGGCCCCAGUCUUGCUUUAGGAGAAUGUGAGGUGUUGAGAAGGGACUCCAGCAAGAGAGAGCUGCCUGUCUUCUUCCCAGACAAGGAGACAGGCACAGUCCCUAGUCCUUGGCUACGACCCCUCUCAGUUUCUGUGCCUAUUGAUCUUUCUAGCCUGGAUUCCAUCUCUGAUUCACUGAGCAUUGCUUUCCGUGGCAUCAGUCACUGCCCUCCAAGUGGGCUCUAUGCCCACCUCUGCCGCUUCCUGGCUUUGUGUCUGGGCCAUCGGGACCCCUGUGCCACUGCCUUCUUUGUUGCUGAGUCUGUCUCCAUCACGUGCCGUCACCAGCUGCUCACCCAUCUGCACCGACAGCUCAGCAAGGUCCAGAAGCACCAAGGAUCAUCCGAACUGGCAGAGAAGCUGCAGGAGCUGAGCCUCCACGAGAAGCCUGGAGAUGUCCCCCUGGCCCGCAUCCAGCGCCUCUUUUCCUUCAGGGCUUCAGGAUCUGGCCAUUUCCCCCAGGCGGAGAAGGACAGUUUCCAGGAGCGCCUGGCUCUGAUCCCCAGUGGAGUGACUGUCUGUGUGUUGGCCCUGGCCACCCUCCAGCCUGGAACCAUGGGCAACACUCUUCUGCUGACCCGACUGGAAAAGGACAGUCCCCCAGUUACUGUGAAUAUCCCCACUGCUCAGAAUAAGUUCUCACUAAGUUCCUUGCUGAAAGAGUUUGAUGCCAUCCAAAAGGACCAGAAAGAGAACAGCAGUUGUACAGAGAAGCGAGCAUGGUGGACAGGGCGGCUGGCACUGAAUCAAAGGAUGGAGGACCUCAUCACCGCGCUAGAGGAGCAAGUGCUGGGCUGCUGGCGCGGGCUGCUGCUGCCCUCCGGAGGGGGACCUGGCCCUGCCCGGGAGGCCUCCCACCUACAGGAGUUGCUGCGGGAAUGUGGCUGGGAAUAUCCUGACCCCGCUCUGCUGAAAGUUAUUCUCAGUAAUGCCGGUACUCUCACCAGCCAGGACAUUCAGACCCUGGCCUACGGGCUGUGCCCAACCCAGCCCGAGCGUGCCCAGGAGCUUCUGAAUGAGGCAGUAGGUCGUGUGCAGAGCAAUGUGGCCCCAAGCAGUAAUCACCUAGUCUUGGUGUUAGACAAGGACUUGCAAAAGCUGCCAUGGGAGAGCAUGCCCUGCCUCCGAGCACGACCUGUCACCCGGCUGCCCUCAUUCCGCUUCCUACUCAACUACUGCAUCAUCAAAGAGGCUGGGGCCUCAUCAGUGUUGAGCCAAGGGGUGGACCCACGGAAUACCUUCUAUGUCUUGAACCCUCACAAUAACCUUCUGAGUACAGAGGAGCGAUUUCGAGACAACUUUAGCAGUGAAGCUGGCUGGAAAGGGGUGAUCGGGGAGGUGCCACGCCCUGAACAAGUGCAGGCGGCGCUGACGGAGCAUGACUUAUAUAUCUAUGCAGGGCAUGGGGCUGGUGCCCGCUUCCUUGAUGGGCAGGCUGUCCUACGGUUGAGCUGCCGGGCAGUGGCCCUACUGUUUGGCUGCAGCAGUGCAGCCUUGGCUGUGCAUGGAAACCUGGAGGGAGCUGGCAUUGUGCUCAAGUACAUCAUGGCUGGCUGCCCCUUGUUUCUAGGUAAUCUCUGGGAUGUGACUGACCGUGACAUUGAUCGGUACACAGAAGCUCUGUUGCAGGGCUGGCUUGGGGCAGGCCCAGGAGCCCCCCUUCUCCAUUAUGUCAGCCAGGCCCGCCAGGCUCCCCGACUCAAAUAUCUUAUUGGAGCUGCACCUGUAGCCUAUGGCUUGCCUGUUUCCCUGAAAACACCUUGAAGCUGUCUUCUAUAAUAGAAACCAUGUGACUGACUGUUAUACCUCCAAACUUAGAGUUAACUUAAUAUUUAGGUAAAAUAUUUUAAAAUGAUUUUCCCCAGUGUUUUGUAUGAAACAAUGCCUUUUAAUUUAAUGUUAAUAUAAUAAAGAUAUAUCAAACCUCA